AUGAUCUUAGUGUUGGUAGUACUUCCACUAGUUAUGUUUAUUGCAACUUUUGCUGCCGGUAUCGUACCUUUGAGGUUAGCUGUGGCUCAACACCAUUUGAAGUACUUGUCAUUUCUAAGUAUGGGAAUAUUGAUUGGAACAGCCAUGAUGAUUAUUUUGCCUGAAGGAAUAGAAACAUUAAGUCAAGAAACUACAGAAGUUUCUCUGUAUGUGGGGCUUCCCCUCUUGCUUGGCUUUUUAACAAUGUAUAUUAUCGACUGUCUGUUUUCAACCAAUGUCAAAGCGCAAGAAUCGUCAGUGGUAGAAUCUAUCAUCGGUUCACCCAUCACGUUAGGAUUAAUAUUUCAUGGGAUUGUUGAUGGGAUAGCAUUAGGUUCAUCCUUUGCAUCGGGAGAAGUAAUGACUUUAAUCAUAUUUGCAGCAAUCAUCAUUCAUAAGAUUCCUACAAGUUUCAGUCUAUCAACGAUUCUUUUACAAGAGGGAACUUCAGAUUCAAAGUUAUAUUGGCAUGUUUUGUUGUUUGCCUUGCUGAGUCCAUUGGCAUGUUGGUUGACUUUUGUGGUUAUAAAAUUGAUCAAUACUAAAAGUAACUUGGUACUCGGUGUUUUGUUCUUAUAUUCAGCUGGUACAUUCCUAUUUGUUGUCAACCAUGUCAUGCAUGAAUUUUCAUCGAAUGAUUUCUACGCAUUGCCUACAAGCGUUGAAAGUGAAAUGACCGCAGUGGAAUCACAUUCUAAGAUUCCAAGAAACGAACUCAUUAUAUCAUUAGUUGGAAUCUCAAUUCCAACUCUACUUAGUUUUGCAAAAGAAUAA